UAUUCUUCUUAUUCUUUUUUUUCUCCGCCUCUCGAUAGAUAUUGCUUUUAAGUUUAUUUGGCUCCUGCAAUCCACCUCUACUAGUAUUAGACUAGUAGUCGAACCUGUUUCUGGAAUGAAAUUGUGCCUUGCAAUCCGUUUGUCGGCUGAAUUUUUGGCGUUUCUGAUCCAUUAGUUUUUCUAAGGGAUGGAUAUUUGAGCAAGCAAGUAGAAUAGAUGUUUCUGCCAGACCAUUUGAAAGAGAAAGAGAUUCUUAACAGUUUACUUGGUAACGAAUCUUUGUGAAGUUGUUGCCACUAACAGGAUAUGCAUCUACUAACUGUAUCUAACGAGCAUACAAGAUUAGAUUUGAGAAAGGUCAUUUUUUUUUCUUUGAGUCAGAGUUUUCUUGUAUUUAUAAGGUCUGAAAAAUCAUUUAUUACCACAGUUGACCAUGUAUCUGUGAAAGAGGGUGUGUAUCUUCAAUAUGAUGGGAAGUUCAUUGAUGUAAAAAAGACAAGUCCUUAAAGCUGACUCUUGAUUGAUCUUGUAAAAAAUUCAUUUUAUACAUUCUUGAUAGCUCUAGCACUACUAGCUACUAUAUCAUAGAUAGCCUUUAUCAUCACUUCAACAUAAGUUCUCAAUACUCUUUUCAUUCACUAAAACCCGACAAUCGAACUAUCUUGAGUCUUUUACUAAGUUAGAAUUCAUAAUACAUUGCAGUAUUUGUUCUCAAAUAGUUUGUGGUAUCUUGCUAGUGCUACUAUAGACUUGUACACGAGUGAUUUUUGUAUAAUUUUCUUCUGUCAUUCAAUUGUCUGGUAGCCAAGUAAUUUGUGGCAGCUAAUGUUUGUUUUCUUUUAUAAUUACUUAGAUUAUUAUGAUUGUGCAAUACAUGGGACCAUAUUACUGCAUCAUUGUUCAGUCUUGUUCAUUAACGAGAUAUUAACUCUUGUUCAUUGGAGAGUAGAAUGAAGUUAGUUUGGUUUUAAUUGUACAUACAAUUUUCUAUUUGGUUCCAAGGAAGACAGAUUGGGAUGCUUAAAUAUCGGUGUAUUGCAUGUAAAUCUGAAAAUGAAUUAGCAUCUAGUUUCAUCUCUUAGCAGUGGACUUGAGUGGUAGUAGGAUACAUGUGCAUAUCAAUUAAUUUGGAGUUUAAGUCGUUGCUUCAUUUUCAUGCUUUGCCAUUAUGCAGAUGUGGCAACUAAGUGUAUGACUCAUCGAGCCAUUCAUUUUGAUCCUUCUCGAUCAGGAGUUUCUACCGACAUAAACAUUCCAACUGCCUACUGUUGAGUCAUUGCCACUACAAAAGAAGGGUCCGCUACCGAGUUACAUCACUUUUGCCGUGAUGGCAGAUGGUAGCCCCAGGACAGAUACCUCCACCGAUGUGGACACUGAUGAGAAAGAUCAGAGGUUCGAUGGUCAACUUGCUGCUGUUGCAGCUUCUGAUUCUAGUGAUAGGUCGAAAGACAAAACACUCGAUCAAAAGACUCUUCGUCGCCUUGCACAAAAUCGUGAAGCUGCCAGAAAGAGUCGGUUAAGGAAAAAGGCUUAUGUACAACAACUAGAGAGCAGUAGAGUAAAGCUGACCCAACUUGAGCAGGAGUUUCAAAGAGCUCGUCAGCAGGGUAUUUUCAUCUCUAGCUCAGGAGAUCAAUCACAUAACAUGGGCGGGAAUGGGGCAAUGGCUUUUGAUGUUGAAUAUGCACGAUGGCUUGAAGAACAUAACCGACAGACAAAUGAACUGAGAGCAGCAGUUAAUGCUCAUGCGAGUGAAAACGACCUACGCAUUAGCAUCGAUAGUAUCAUGGCACACUAUGAGGAAAUAUUCAGGCUCAAGGGCGUUGCCGCAAAGGCAGAUGUCUUUCACAUAUUAUCGGGAAUGUGGAAGACACCGGCUGAAAGAUGUUUCCUAUGGCUCGGGGGUUUCCGAUCAUCUGAACUUCUAAAGUUACUUGCAAACCAGCUCGACCCUCUAACCGAGCAGCAAUUGAUGGGGAUAUGCAAUCUCCAACAGUCAUCCCAGCAGGCUGAGGAUGCCCUCUCUCAAGGGAUGGAGGCCUUGCAGCAGUCCCUAGCCGAAACAUUGGCCGGUUCUCUCGGUCCCUCGGGAUCGUCAGGAAAUGUAGCAAAUUACAUGGGUCAGAUGGCUAUGGCCAUGGGGAAACUCGGUACUCUCGAGAACUUUCUUCGCCAGGCUGACAAUCUCCGGCAGCAAACCUUACAACAAAUGCAUCGGAUAUUGACUAUAAGACAGUCUGCUCGGGCAUUCCUCGCCAUAAGUGAUUACUUCUCGCGUCUCCGUGCCUUGAGCUCCCUCUGGCUCGCUCGGCCUAGGGAGUAAGAAGAAGCUUCAGGUGCUCGGCCGAGCUUCCUAUUCCGCUCGAUCGUGUGCGUAAUCUGUCGAUGUUUCUAUCGGUUUAGUGAUUACUAGCUUUAGCAGUAUGGAUGGAAAGAUGGAUGAAUCUGUUGGUGUUUGGUAGAAACAACCAACAGAGUUAAAUUGAACUCGGAUCAUGUUCAGCCAUCAUGCUCCAUCUUCAUGCAAUGAAACUUCUGUGAAACAAA